AUGAGCAAUUCAACGGAUGAAUCACAAGAUUGUUCUCGGUCUUCAAGUUUAGAUACCCAAUCCAGAAGAUCCUCUACAAUUGAAGAAAAUAUUCUUGUCAAUAAUGACGAUCAGUCAAAUAAUAUUCAACGUGAAAACUCAUUAAUCUCAGGUUCCUCCUCGGUUAUUCUACCUUCCUCUUUUUCAAAAAGAGAUGUUAGUACUUUAGUUGAUCAACAUGUAGUUUUAAUCUAUCCAAAUAGCGAAA